AUGUUUAUUAAUUGGUCAAAGAUCUGCACACUGUAUAUAGAUAAAAGAUGGAAAUCAAUGAUUGUUAGAUCUGAAAUUGCUGGAACUGGUUCACCUGGAGCUUCAUAUUCAUAUCAAUUAUCAGGACCACACAAGCAUCGAAGAUUCAGAAAUAGAUGUCACCGCAAUCCGUGUGCAAAGGGAAUAUAUUCGUACCUCUACGAAACCUCUUUCAUUUUAUCCAAUAUGCAUUGGGUCCUCUUGGUGAUUUGCCCUUCAAGUCGUGUCGUAUACAUUUUGGAUUCUCUGAUGAAGCGUGUGCAAAAUCCUGUCGACACCUACUACCUGCUCAAACUUUUGUACAUGGCUUUUGCUAGUGAAACCAAGUUGGCGUAUCCGAGAGUUAGCUGAGUGGGCACUAUGUAAUGAAAUGGAUGUUUGAUGUUGUAAUGACCAGGCAAUAUGGAUUCCCAAAUAGAGUAAGUACUUAUUAAAUACUUUUUUUUUUCAUUUUGUCUGUAUCAAAAACAUGUUAUGUAAUAUUUUAUUUAGUUUGGUACCCUUGGGAAUGAAAAAAUUCCCUUAAAGGUAAAGGUGUGGUUACGACUGUUGCUACGUGGACUAUGGAAUUUCGGAAUAAUUAUAUGAAUGAUGUCUAAAGGUGCAUAUAAGUAAGAAUGGAGGAUGGCUGCUACACUUCUACUUCGAUGCAAUAACAAUUUAUUUUUUGAAAAAGUUUAUGUAGUAAGAUAUGAUCAAAUCAAGUUGUUUUUUGUGACACACAAACACGUUUAUAUUAAUGACUAUAAUGGUUG